AUGGAUCCAAAUCGUAGUGUUAACUCGGUCGGUGGUUUUCUCCGGCGAGGUCCGGCCGUCCUGGUAGCUCUGUUUCUAUUACCCACAAUCACAGCCGGCGCCACCGCAUGCUACACGUCGAUCUUCAGCUUCGGCGACUCCAUCGCAGAUACCGGAAAUGAAUGCAUACUCUCGCCACUCCAACCUCCCUGCUCUCUCCCCUACGGCAGGACUUUUUUCCACCGCUCCACCGGCCGGAAUGGAGACGGCCGUUUGAUCAUCGAUUUCAUCGCUGAAUACUUGGGGCUUCCAUUGGUACCGCCGUCGCUGGGAAAGCAGAGCAAUUUCCGGACCGGCGCCAACUUCGCCGUGGCCGGUGCGACGGCGCUCGACUGUGAGUCACUUAAAAACAGAGGGAUCCCCUGUUUUCUAAAUAACAUUUCUUUGGGGGUUCAGUUGGAUUGGUUCCGGAAAUUGCUUCCGGCGCUCCGUCACUCCUCCGGCAGUGCAGAAUGCACCAAUCUUUUGAACAAUUCUCUUGUAAUUUUCGGAGAAAUUGGAGGCAACGAUUAUAAUUUCGCUUUACGCUGUGGAAUAAGCCUAAAAAAAGUUCAAAAUCUUGUUCCUGUGGUGGUCAAUACCAUAGGUUUGGCUCUCAAGGAGGUAAUCAAAUUAGGUGCAGUGAACAUCUUGGUCCCUGGAAAUUUCCCUAUCGGAUGCGUGCCAGACAUUUUAUCUCGUUUCCCGAGCUCGAACCCAAGAGACUACGAUCCUUCCACUGGAUGCCUCAUUCUAUACAAUCAAUUCGCAGAACUUCAUAAUGGACAGCUCCAGAUCGAACUGAAUAAGACGAGGCGACUUUAUCCCCAUGCCAACAUCAUCUAUGUCGACUACUACAACGCUAUCAUGCCCAUCUAUCGUUCCCCGAGUCAGUUUGGGUUUACUGGAGGAGUUCUGAAGCCAUGUUGCAAUGGGAUGAAUCAAUCGGCUAGCUGUUGUGACGAGCCUUCAACAUUUGUGAACUGGGAUGGGAUUCAUUUCACUGAAGCAACCUAUAGACGGAUUGUCAAGGGGAUUAUGAAAGAUGGGUUACUCACAAACCCUAAUCUCAAUGCUUCAUCUUGUCUUGUUGGGGAUCCUUAG